UUCCUUUUCCUCACACCAUUCCUUUUCUACUCAUACAAAUUUUCCUCCCUCUCCUUCCUCUUCUCCACCUACUUUCCUUUCCUUAUUUUCCUUUCUUCGACUUCAACAAUGGCAUCUGGGUGUAAUGUUUGGUGUAUAGUUUCCACAGUACUGUUGUUGUUUCUGAAUUUGAAACCUUUGGUUUGUGGUGAACCACAAGUCCCUUGUUACUUCAUUUUUGGAGACUCAUUGGUGGAUAAUGGCAACAACAAUGACCUUUUGACUCAGGCCAGAGCCAAUUAUCCUCCCUAUGGAAUUGAUUUUCCCGAUGGUCCAACUGGGAGAUUCACCAACGGCCGGAAUAUGGCCGACAUUUUGGCUGAACUUCUAGGUUUUGAUGAUUACAUUCCUCCCUUUGCAACUGCAAGAGGCCAGGAUAUUCUCAAAGGUGUGAAUUAUGGAUCUGGGUCAGCUGGAAUUCGAGAUGAAACCGGACAACAACUGGGUGCUCGGAUCAGCUUGAAUGCGCAGUUGUCAAAUCAUAAAAUCACAAUUCGGCACAUUGCUACCUUACUAGGGAGUAAAGCUUUAGCAAAAGAGUACCUAAGCAGCUGCUUAUAUACCGUUGGAAUGGGCAAUAACGACUAUCUCAACAACUACUUUAUGCCACAGUUCUACCCAACAAGCAGCCUAUAUACACCAGAGCAGUAUGCCAAAGUACUUGUUAAACAAUACUCUCAACAGCUAAAGACUUUGUACAAGUAUGGAGCAAGAAAAAUAGCUGUUUUUGGAGCUGGUCAACUGGGUUGCAUUCCAGAAGCCUUGACUACCUAUGGCACAAAUGAAUCUUCAUGUGUGGAAAUGAUGAACAGUGCAGCCCAACUAUUCAAUGACAAACUCGUGCUGCUUGUUGAUGACCUCAAGAACAAGCUAACUGAUGCAGAAUUUUCCUAUAUUGAUGCAUCUGGUUCUUCAUCCCAGGUUUCUCCGUCUAAUGAUUUUACAGUAGCAGACAGUCCAUGCUGCAAUGUAUCGACUACUUUGGGCAAAGGUCAAUGUAUUCCUCGGCAAGUUCCAUGCAGUAAUCGCGACGAGUUCGUUUACUUCGAUGGAUAUCAUCCUACUGAGGCUGCAAAUACACUCAUCGCAACAAUUGCAUACAAUGCCAUGUCUGGUCUACUAUCCUGUGGAGCCUCCUGCAUUAGCAGCCAUGGAGAAAAAUCAGACCUCCAUGGCAUUUCACUGUCUACCACAAGGGCAAAGUUUGCCGCACAAUGAACUAGCCAGUGACUCAAUAUGUUCUGCAAUUUUAAGCAAUGUUAUUUAAUGGACUGGGAUGAAAUACUCAAUAAGCUAGCAUAUUAAGUUGUUUAAGUCAUUCCUAAACUAGUGAAAUUCAAACCAGGAAUUUUGAAGUGAGGGGGCCUACUAGAAAAUAUUAUAACUUUAAUGGCCCAAUAAAAAUAAACUUAAUAUUCUCUCACUAAUUUGGUGUGUAGAGUUUGAUUUAUAUACAGAAUAAAGAUUCAUAUUCUCAGAUGGCAUGAGACACACCAUUAAUAGAAUUGUAGUGCAAUGUUUUGUCAUAAGUCUAUCUUGACUACAUAAGACUGUCUAAUUUCUCGAAUUGUUACACAAGUACUUUGUAUUGAAUGUGACCGUUAUUGAGGUUAUUAGUUUUUUACUGACU